AGCACAACGUCCAACUCUAACGGAACGACGGCGCCAUCUUGAGGCCGCUCGAGCGAUUUGUUUAUCAACUGCUCUCCGCUACGUGUCCUCCCGCCUGCGGCUGCGUUAAAUCGCGCUCCCGGUUUCCCGUCCUGCCACUGCAAACAGGCAGCGCGGCACGCAAGCAGUAGAAGCAGCGGCUGUGCCCGUCCACCAGCUCGGCUCAGACAUGGGGGAAGUCAUCCUGCCGCGGCGCAUGUUCCUCUGGUGCAUGGCGCUCAUUUAUCUGACUGCCUUUGUUUCCCUCUAUGUGCAGAUUCCAGGUCUCUACGGUAAUGAGGGUCUGCUGCCUGCUCGUUGGCAGCUGCGCUACAGCGGUAAACCUCUGGGGGAACAGCUGCUGUCCUCUCCCACCCUGCUGUGGCUUGGACCUCGGCUCGGCUUGGAUACGCACACCGCCAUGGAGCUGCUGUGUCUUGUAGGGGCGGCGCUGAGCCUCGCCGCCACGCUGGUGGAAGCUCUCCGGGACAGCGUGGUGUUUUUCUGCCUCUGGGCCUUGUACCUGUCCAUGUACCAGGUGGGCCAAGUAUUUCUUUACUUCCAGUGGGACAACUUGCUUCUGGAGACAGGAUUCCUCUGUAUCCUGGUUGCUCCGCUGACGUUAAUCCGAGGGUCACGAGGGGUCAGAGAGCACGAUCGUGUGACCUUCUGGCUUAUCCGCUGGCUGCUCUUCAGGCUCAUGUUUGCCUCUGGUGUGGUGAAACUCACAUCGCGCUGUCCCACGUGGUGGGGCCUUACAGCUCUGACGUACCAUUAUGAGACUCAGUGUAUCCCCACCCCACUGGCCUGGUUUGCCCAGCAGUUUCCAGUGUGGUGGCAGAAGCUGAGUGUGAUGGGGACCUACGUCAUAGAGAUCGCUGUACCCCUGCUUUUCUUCAGCCCGCUGCGCAGACUCCGGCUCGGGUCUUUUUACUUGCAGGUGCUGCUGCAAGUCCUCAUCAUUCUAACAGGCAACUACAACUUCUUCAACCUGCUGACUUUGACCCUCUGUCUGUCGCUUCUGGAUGAUCAGCACGUACGCUUCUGGCUACGCAAGGCAGACAAGAUCAGCAACAAUGACUCCAAGCUGUGGUCGUGGCUGUGUUACCUGGUGGAGCUGGCAGUCUGGGCUCUCAUGAUCUUUGGAACAAUCGUGUUGUUUGACCUGCAGCUGGAUCCAAAGAAGAACGCCAUCUCUUCCAGGACAGCAUUCACAUACCACCACUUUAACCAGUUUCUCAAGACUGUCACCAUCCCCUGUAUCUGGAUUGGUGUCCUCUCCCUCACCUGGGAGAUUGUCACAUCCAUGUUCAGAUGUGCGUGUGUCUCUGGCUUCCUGAGGAGGUUUUGUGGAACUGUCCAGUGGACUUUGUUUGCUGCUGCCACCGCUGCUAUGUUCACUGUUAGUCUGGUGCCAUUCACCUACAUAGAGUUUGACUCUCAUGGCAGGUUGUGGCCAGGAGUGCGUCGGGCCUAUGAGGCGACGGAUCGCUUCCAGCUGGUCAACUCAUACGGCCUAUUCAGAAGGAUGACCGGAGUCGGUGGACGGCCGGAGGUCGUCAUCGAGGGAAGCAACGACGGAGUGUCAUGGACAGAGAUUGAGUUCAUGUACAAGCCAGGCAACCUAAGUGCGCCUCCUGCUGUGGUGACCCCUCACCAGCCCAGGUUGGACUGGCAGAUGUGGUUUGCUGCCCUCGGGACUCACACUCAGGCUCCAUGGUUCACCAGCCUCAUUUACAGACUGCUGCAGGGCAAAAGAGAUGUGAUCGAGUUGAUCCAGACAGAUGUGUCUCAGUAUCCGUUCCACCAGCAGCCUCCUGCUUUCCUUCGAGCCCACCGCUACAGAUACUGGUUCACUGAACCAAAGGCUGACGGCUCUUACCCGGAGCGUUGGUGGAGGAGGGUCUACGAUGAGGAGUUUUAUCCCACAGUGCACCUGGGCAAUGCCUUCCUGGAGAACAUGCUCAACCAGUACGGACUCAAGGACAAAUCGCCUGUACGUCGCAUGUCCAACACCACUGUUGCUCAGGCGGUCAGGUGGGUGCGCUCUCAGGUCAGAGGUGUUCCCGCCCCCACGCUAAUCUGGACCCUCAUUGCGUGCAGCACCAUCAUCUGUCUCCUUCAAGGAUUACAAAACAGGAGCAAACACAAAACUGUCAGCAGUCAGAGUGAUCAUGUACCUGACAGCUCUUCAGACCUUUGUGGGGAGUCAGAUGAACAGCAGGCAGCCGAAGAGGAGGAGAAGGAGGGGGAGGAUGAGGGGGAUGAGGGGGAAGCAGAGGAGAAAGAUACUGUUGGUGAUCAUGAACAGGAUGAGGAGCAAGAGGAGGAGGAGGAGGAGGAGGGGGAGGAGGAGGAAAUAAAAAGAUGAGAAAAGAAGCAGGUAAUAGACGCAGUUGACUGAUCUGAUCACCGGCCUUCGUAAAAUGUUCUCACAACGACCAAAGAAAGUGUUCUUUUGUAUAUUUGUAUUUCUGAGCAGGUCAAUCAUAGAAAACCAUUUGCCUUCUUCCACUUUCACCCUACUGCAGUACACUGUUCAUAUAUCAGCUAUACAUCAUAAACCGAUCACUUAGUUCAGCAAAUCUUGCCAGAUUUUAAAACCUAAAAGUGAGAUCCGAUCAUGUUAAAAAAGAAAUUGAGAAAUAUAGAAUUUAAAAUGAUAAAACGGGUUAUGUGUCUCCUGUCUAGAGAGUAAGAGUAUAUUUUGUUUGUGUCACUUUUUUUUUCGGUCCCCUGUCUGUGGUGUGUGUUGGUGCCCUUUUUAUAUUUGUCACUGUGAUUUCUUACUGUACGUACUGAACUAAAACUCUGCACUUUUUUUUUUCACAAACGUGUCUUUUUUCAUUUGUUAGAAAAGAAACAACACACAUAGAUUUAGUACUUUUAAUAUGAUUUUUAUAACAUUAAAAUACAUUAAAAUAUAAA